AAACGGACAUCGAGAUUUCAGCCUUGAGAAUCGGAGAGAAAAAUGGAAAGAGAUCAGACGCCGCCGCAGCAUCAUCACCCUCCUCCUCACAUCAGCAGCCUCGUCGUCCGUCCAUCCGGUAGCAACGACGGAGAAGGCGACCGCCACGCCGCCGCCGCCGGAGACGACUCUCGUGACCGGCCCUCAUUUGCCGCCCGCUCGGAUCGUCAUAAGAGUGACAAUGGACAUAGGACUCGUGCAAGUUCUAGUUCACCACCACCCCGUCGUCCAUAUGAAGAUCACCACCGACACGGCUCGGAUCUUAAUCAUUCAGGUGCUCCACCUCGUGGUGGCCGAGAUUUCAGCAGUAGAAGAGAAUCAUCUGGGAGAUACAGAGACUAUUCACCACCCCAUUCUAGAGUUGGUGCUCGUCGUUUUGAUGUGCCUGAACCUGCUCAUGGCCGCCCUUUUAAAACCGAUGGCAUGGGCAGAAACAACAAUAACUUAAAAGUGCAACCAAGAGAUGGAGAUUGGUACUGUCUAGAUCCAUUAUGCAGAAACUUAAACUUUGCGAGGCGAGAAGUGUGUUUCAAAUGCAAGAGGCGUCGCUAUGCACCUGCUAAUAGUCCUCCACCGCCUCGUCUUCUUCCUCCUCCUCCUCCUCCCAUGAAUCUUUCCCCAAGAAGAGAGUUUAAUGGCUACAGGUCUCCUCCACGUGGCUACCCUAGAGACUAUCCUCCACCAAGACUUGACCAUCCCACAUGGAGAGACAGAGACAGAGAAGGAGACCGUCUGCGUUACGCAGACCUUGAGUAUCCUCCUAACAGAAGAUUAGCUUCUGACUGGAUCCCGGAACCUCACUAUGAGAGACGACCACCUCUCAGUCCACCUCGUGGUGGCAGAUGGGGACUACAUUCAAGAGAGAGGAGCAGAUCGCCGCCAUUGAGAGACAACCCACCACCGCCAAUCAGAGGCCCUCCACCACCUCUCAGAGAUUACCGCCGUGAUAGUUACCUUGAAAGAGGAGGGAGAGACGAUCAACGUGGUGGCGGCAGAGACAGGAUGAGAAACGGUUACUGAUACAGAAACAGAACAGUGUAAUGUCUUGGGGAAACAUGGUUUUAGACAGUUGAAAAAUUUUCCCUCAAAAAAUCAAACCUACCUUUGUACUACACCUUAGAUUCUUUCGUUCUAAAUUCGAAUGUUUAGCGAAAUUUUGUGCUCUUUCUGCAAAAAAAGGAAAGUUCCGAGGCGGAAAUCGAAAUACGC